AUGAGUCUUGAAAUAAGACACAACGUAUCGUUUUAUGAUAUAUUACUACAAUAUCUUGUAAAGAUAACUGAAGUAAUCCCGAACAUGUUUAAACUCAUUGCUGCUACUGGAUUCAUAGCAGUUAUAUCUUAUAUGUAUUAUGUUCAUGCACACCGAUGUAAAAUAUUAACACGUGAAUCGAAACAAAAUUUAAUAGGAUUACAGGAAAUAAGAAAUUACAAUCGCUCGUUUAUUAGAGAUCAAAGUAUAAUUAGCCACAAAGAAAUGUUGAACAACUUAGAAAAUGCAGCUAACAAAUGCUGGGAUAGAUUCUAUGCAUUAGAAUGCAUUGAUAUAGUCGUUUAUUGUCCACAAUUAUUGAACAUAAAAUGUCCACUCACUGGUUUGACACCCUUUCACCGUAUUUGUUUUCAAGGUCAUACAUGUCUGAUAGCAUUCAUGUUAGCUAAGGGUGCUGAUCCUUCUAUUACCACAGUAAAAGGAGAAAAUGCUCUGUGUAUGGCUAUCUAUUAUUUUCUUAAUAAUCCAAUGCAAGAUGAUUUUUCAUGUCUUAAACUACUUAAAAGUGCAGGAUGUAAUUUUGGUUUAAAAGACCAAUGGUAUAAUAUCUUGCUACAAAAAGCAUUUACUAAUAAUGAUACAAAGUUAAUACAGUGGUUGAUUUUAAAUCAUGAAGAUCCAUUACAUAAAACCUCUAAAAGUAUUUCAAUGCCACCGAUAUUGAAAAAUUAUUAA